AUGACGACCUCAAAGCCCAUCGUCCUCCACCUUGGAGAUCCGAUUCAGUUCAAUACCGACCUUUAUGAGGAGAUAUCCAAGGACUUUACCAUAAUUCGACCUUCCUUGGAGGAACGACAACGUGACGCGUUCCUGAAGGCCCUAAAAGAGAAGAAAUGGGGCAACUUUGAGGGAAUAUUUCGCCCGUUUUGGAACACUGGAGGUGAGAUGGGUCGGUGGGAUGCUGAGUUGAUUCCACUCCUGCCUCCCUCACUGAAGGUGUAUGGAAGUGCUGGUGCAGGAUAUGACUGGAUGGAUGUUGAUAUACUGGCCAAGCAUGGAAUUUUAUACUGCAACGGAGCACAAGCAUCGAGCGAAGCCGUUGCCGAUAUGGCAAUCUUCCAUAUCAUCUCUGUCUUCCGCAACAUGCAAUGGUCCAUUAACGGUGCCCGGUCGGGUGAUGCUGCGCUCUGGCUGGAGGCCCACCAGAACACUGCCGCCACCGCGCACAAUCCUCAGACUCAGAUAUUGGGCAUCAUCGGCCUAGGAAACAUUGGCUACACAAUUGCGCGAAAGGCAUAUGCUUGUUUUGGAAUGAAGAUCUACUACCAAGACUUGCAUCGCAAAUCGAUCGAGCAGGAGCAGGCGAUUAAUGCCUCUUUCUGCACGUCAUUGGACGAGCUUCUCGCUGUUUCUGAUUGCGUUGUUCUAGCGACUCCAUUCGGCGGAUCAAAGCUCAUCACUGAAGAGACUCUGUCUAAGUUCAAAAAGGGCGCUAAAUUUGUUAAUAUUGCCCGAGGGACACUGGUUGAUGAAGCUGCUUUGGUGAAUGCUUUGAGGUCAGGGCGUCUGUCUGCGGCUGGUUUGGAUGUCCAUGAGAACGAACCUCAUGUCAAUCAAGAGCUGACGCAGAUGAGAAACGUUAUGCUCACUGCUCACACUGCUGGUGGCGCCAUGGAGACUCAGAUUGGAUUUGAACGACUUUCCAUGGAGAACGUUCAAUGUGUCUUGACAGGGAAAGACCCACUAACACCAGUGAACAAGCACCUGUUCAAUAAAUAG